AACAAUACGAGUAUGGCUGAAGAGAGACAGUGGACAAUACUGGCCCAGCAUCUAUCACACCAUGUCGUCUCCAUGUUCAGCCAUGGCUUACCAUCAUGAUAGCAGGCGAAUAUUUGUAGGCCAGGAUAAUGGAGCUAUCAUGGAGUUUCAUAUUUCAGAGGACUUUAAUAAGAUGAACUUUGUGAAGACCUAUCCAGCUCAUCAGAAUCGAGUGUCUGCUAUUACUUUUUGCCUGACGUCAGAGUGGGUUAUCAGCACUGGUCAUGACAAGUGUGUCAGCUGGAUGUGCACCAGGAGUGGAAAUAUGCUUGGGAGACAUUACUUCACCUCUUGGGCUUCAUGUCUACAAUACGAUUAUGAAACUCAGCAUGCGUUUGUUGGUGAUUAUUCUGGACAGAUCACUCUCCUGAAGCUUGAGCAGAAUACAUGCUCGGUUAUCACAACACUCAAAGGGCAUGAAGGAAGUAUUACAUCCCUGUGGUGGGACCCUGUUCAACGACUGCUCUUCUCAGGUGCUUCUGAUCACAGCAUUAUCAUGUGGGAUAUUGGUGGAAGGAAAGGGCGAACACUGCUGCUCCAGGGACAUCAUGACAAGGUGCAGGCUAUCUGUUACAUCCAACUGACACGGCAGCUAGUAUCCUGUUCAGCUGAUGGGGGAAUUGCUGUUUGGAACAUGGAUAUCAGCCGAGAAGAGGCUCCUCAAUGGCUAGAAAGUGAUUCCUGUCAGAAGUGUGAACAACCUUUCUUCUGGAAUAUAAAGCAAAUGUGGGACACAAAGACAUUAGGGUUGAGACAGCAUCACUGCAGAAAAUGUGGACAAGCAGUGUGUGGCAAGUGCAGUACUAAACGGUCAAGUUACCCCAUCAUGGGCUUUGAAUUCCAGGUCCGUGUCUGUGAUUCCUGUUUCGAGUCAAUCAAGGAUGAAGAUCGUACCUCCUUGGCAACAUUUCAUGAAGGAAAACACAAUAUUUCACACAUGUCCAUGGACAUCUCCAGAGGGCUAAUGGUGACUUGUGGGAGUGACCGGAUUGUGAAGAUCUGGGACAUGACGCCAGUAGUUGGUUGCAGCCUUGCAACCGGCUUCUCUUCGCGCUGAUCUCAUACCUGACAGGUUCAUGCACCUUAUGUACAGCAAUACGCACCGAACGAACGGAGUCCUUCUUAAGAAUAUUACAGCAAACACUGGUUGCUUGACUCUUCUCCUGCUGCUGUUCCAGGAUGGACAGUCACCUUUGUAGAGCACAGCUUUUCUGUUGGGCUCACCAGGAAUCUCCUUGGUGUGGAAGUGCAGUUUCGCAGCCUCUUGGACUAACGUAAAAUAGCUCACCUGCAAUAUGACACCUUGAUGAAAGGACCUGAUUCUUGGUUUACAUAAGUAGUGUUAACAAUGUGCUGUCUCUGCUGAUAUAUCUUGUACAGAUACCUUGUAGCUAAAACGUUAUCAGAGUAAAAUGAGUGUAGUAAAUUCAAUUUGUGCAAAUAGUAAAAUAACUUAUUUUCUCUUCCAAAA